UCUUUGUAGUUAGAUAUUAAUGGCUUUACCGAACAUAUCUUCACGUUUCUCUAAUGUCGUUGUAGUUAAUAACUCUAACUGUAAAUGUUCCUUGGAAUCAUUUGCUUUUUAUGAAGCGGCGUUGAUACAAGUUCUAAGAAAAGUAUAUAAAAACAAAAUAGACUUUUUUUGCUAGAACAAUUUUAUUAUGGCAAGUACCGUAAUCAAUAUCUCAGAAGACCCAGAAAGUCUCUAUGGAACAGUUUCAAGUUCAAGUAGUCGCCUAACAAGUACUGAUGACCUGAGUAAAGAGGAGCUAGUCAGAAAGUUGAAAGAGUAUCGAAAGGCAAAUAUAGAGCUGCUGGAGGAUAAAAGACAUCUUCUUCUUCGUUCACAAGAAGCUUGCAAACUGAAGGAGCAAACAUUGGAAGAGAAAGGAGAAGUAUUUCAAGAAAUUAAGUCAAAUUCAUCCACGCGCGAAAAUAUGGACGAAGGGAAAUCAAGAUGUAACUGCGAAGCUGCCACCACUUUAACAGAGGUUAUAAAGGUAAAUCACGUCUGGCAAAAAGAUUAUACUCGACUUUCACAAGAGUUUAACAAAGUAAAAGCACGACUGUGGAAAGCUGAAAGCCAGCUUAGGUUGACCAGACAAGAAAACGAAGAGCUUAUUCGGAAUAUACAAAAAGUGGAAGAACAACAGCCCGACGCAAGAAUGGCUUUCUCAACGGAAAAUAAUACAUACACAUUGGAUGACAUCGAGGCAUUAAAACAACAGUUGAUCAUAUACAAAGAAGAUUAUACGGCUGAAAAAGAAGAUAAGAAGAAGUUAACUGAAGAGCAAAACAAAUUGAAACUUGAACUUCAGAAAGCUUACGGUAUUAUCGAUAGUUUGACUGUGAAAAAUAACACAAUGAAAGAAAAUUAUCGUCGAGUCAGCUCGGAGAAAGAACACAUCAUAAAAGAACUUCGUCGAUUAUCAACUUCCACCUUGCCUUUUUCUCCGGUCUCCCCGCUUACUGCAAGACAUUCGUCGAGUCAAGAAUCAAUAGAUACUCUUAGAAGCGAGGACUUCAUCGCUCACUCGCAAUCACGUCCGCAAUCACCACCCGGCCAUUAUGUACCACCACGCCAUUAUUCGCCACCCCGUCCGUGCUCACCACCAAGAACUUAUUCACCACCAAAUAUACAUAUACCUUUAUCGUUCUACGGGCGCGGUAAUGUCGUCAGAGAUGGUGAAUUUCCUUUGAAUCAAGAACAUAAACAACAAGUGGAUUUAGAUAAGAAAAACGAAAAUGGUUUUUCCUUGUAACUGUUGACAGAUCAUGCUGGUUGUUUGGGGGAAGAAAUUUAAAGUACAUAAUUUAGAAUCAUUAAACUAGAAAAAUCUAGAAUCUAGAAAAGCGCAAAUGGGAAGUUUCUAAUUAUAAAUAUAAAUGUAUAUCUACAUGUAUAUAUAUAAAUGUUGUAGAACAUUAGUAUUUUACUCAAUUGCAACGAAUUGAAAAAAUCUCGUUUGAAUGGA